CACCACCUGAUGUUGGGGAGGGGAAAGGGCGAGGGGAGGGGAAAGGGCAGGGGGAGGGGAAAGGGCGGGGGAGGGGAAAGGGCGGGGGGAGGGGAAAGGGCGGGGGAGGGGAAAGGGCGGGGGGAGGGGAAAGGGCGGGGGGAGGGGAAAGGGCGGGGGAGGGGAAAGGGCGGGGGAGGGGAAAGGGCGGGGGGAGGGGAAAGGGCGGGGGGAGGGGAAAGGGCGGGGGAGGGGAAAGGGCGGGGGGAGGGGAAAGGGCGGGGGAGGGGAAAGGGCGGGGGAGGGGAAAGGCGGGGGAGGGGAAAGGGCGGGGGGAGGGGAAAGGGCGGGGGAGGGGAAAGGGCGGGGGGAGGGGAAAGGGCGGGGGAGGGGAAAGGGCGGGGGGGGGGGGGGGGGGGGGGGGGAGGGGAAAGGGCGGGGGGAGGGGAAAGGGCGGGGGGAGGGGAAAGGGCGGGGGGGGGAAAGGGGGGGGGGGGAAAGGGCGGGGGGAGGGGAAAGGGCGGGGGAGGGGAAAGGGCGGGGGGAGGGGAAAGGGCGGGGGGAGGGGAAAGGGCGGGGGAGGGGAAAGGGCGGGGGAGGGGAAAGGGCGGGGGAGGGGAAAGGGCGGGGGGAGGGGAAAGGGCGGGGGGAGGGGAAAGGGCGGGGGGAGGGGAAAGGGCGGGGGGAGGGGAAAGGGCGGGGGGAGGGGAAAGGGCGGGGGGAGGGGAAAGGGCGGGGGAGGGGAAAGGGCGGGGGAGGGGAAAGGGCGGGGGAGGGGAAAGGGCGGGGGAGGGGAAAGGGCGGGGGGAGGGGAAAGGGCGGGGGGAGGGGAAAGGGCGGGGGGAGGGGAAAGGGCGGGGGGAGGGGAAAGGGGGGAAAGGGCGGGGGGAGGGGAAAGGGCGGGGGGAGGGGAAAGGGCGGGGGAGGGGAAAGGGCGGGGGGAGGGGAAAGGGCAGGGGGAGGGGAAAGGGUGGGGGGAGGGGAAAGGGCGGGGGGAGGGGAAAGGGCGGGGGGGGGGAAAGGGCGGGGGGAGGGGAAAGGGCGGGGGGAGGGGAAAGGGUGGGGGGAGGGGAAAGGUGAGACAGGUUCUAUGCAUCCCUGGUUCUA